AUGGGCGAACCAGUGGAUGCACUGUCAUCCAUCGUGGCGGGCCCUGUUUUGGAGGCGGUGCUUCACGCCUGCCCUCCCAGCUCCUUCGCCGCUGUGCGGGGCGCCUCGUUGCAGACGCGCCUCGUGGCGGACCAGUUGAACCAGAUGUCCCCCCGAUGGCCCCUGCGGUUGCUGAUCCGCUCGGACCACUUUGUGCGGAGACAUGAAGAGAUGCCUCCGGAGUUCGUUCUGCACUUCAAUGUUGGAAGCUGCCGGGCGUUCGCAAGUUCCAUGGGAUCCAAGGGCAACCAGGACGAGGAAAUUCAUCUCCCACGAGAUCUGGCAGAGGAAUUCAUCCGUAAGUUGGGGUCAAUGCACCGCACUUACGGAGAAGCAUGCACACUUUGGACGCUUCCAAAGCUUCGCAGAAGAGCGACCCUGCGACAGGAGAUGACGGUUCAGGAAUAUCAAUGGAGCAGCAUGCAGGUCGCCAUGCAAUGCGACCCGCGCGCUUCCAGGGAGAUGCUGCUGGAGGAUGCGCGUCGACAGGUCGUUCUACGUCACGUCUUCCUCGAUCAAGACUACGUUCUGCCAAAUCCGGCCAUCAAGACAGGCGCUGCUCGCACCCGGCAUCCUGUUUUGGACACGUUUGGCGACGUGUCACACCGCUGGGUCCUGCGCCAACUGCGCAAGCUACGCGACGCGCAACGCGGUUCGCCAGCAAUCGUGGAUGACUGUUACAAUGUAUGCUCUCUCGGAAUCAUCGACCCUGCCGUGUUGAUACCGUUCGAAGCGGAGGACGAAGAUGACAUUUUACCAAAUCUCUGCAAAGCACGAAGCGAGUUGCGUGGCCAUCCGCGGACCAUUUGGCGAGACCAUAAAGACAGGUGA